CGCCCAUCUGAGUAUUGGCAGUGUGAGGCGCACGGCGCGCAGCGUGGACUUGGAGAUGUCUUGGCAGCGUUACGCACGACGACACGAUAAACGCGAAAGCCUCCUUUAAGAAGGACAGGACACAGUGAAGCUGAACCGGACUGGCGUUCAACUUUUCUGAUUUUGGAAAAGCACUUCUUUCGCAGUCUUCCUUUAAGACAGUUUUCUUAUCUUUUUCCCUGUCGGUUGAUGAGCCUCAGACCUUCCCUUCACAGCAGCAGCGGGUCUGGAUGACUUCUCCUAUCCUCGGGACACGGUGACUAUAGAGGAAUGGGGACGAUAUAAACAGAUUGGGGAGAAAAAACUGUACAGAGCAACAGUUUUUUUUUUUUGAGAGAUCCCAAAAAGAGAGGAUGAUCCCACCGGCCAACAUGAUUCAGGACGAAAGUGGGGGCAAAGAGGACGAACGGGACCAGAAUGAGACACCCAAAUCCCCGACGGCGAACGCCAGCCAGCAGGAAACCAAGAAUACUGUGAGGCCUGAACAUCACAAGCGCAAGCUGCAGAGACUCAAGCGCUCUUUGUCCUUCAAGACCAAGAGCAUUCGCAGCAAGAGCGCAGACAACUUUUUCCGAACAAGCAGCGACAACAAGACAGAACUGCUCUCUGACGUGAGCAGCAGCACGGGCCAUCUCUGCAACAUCGGGAUGGCCCCACCGCACACCACCAACCUCCCCAUCCCUCCGGUCCCUCCAGCCAUCCCCUGCGCUCCUCCCCCCACAUCGCGCUCCCAGUCUCGCAACCCACUGCAGGUAGACUCAGCAGGACACUGCUUCAUGGAGCACAUCUUCAAGAAGCCCACAUUCUGUGACGUCUGCAACCACAUGAUCGUAGGUACAACAGCCAAGCAUGUGGUGUUCUUGGCGGGAAACACGGCAAAGCACGGGCUCCGUUGCAAAGCCUGCAAAAUGAGCCUUCACCACAAAUGUGAGAAUGGAGUGGGACAGCAGCGCUGCAUGGGCAAACUGCCAAAAGGCUUUCGGCGAUACUACAGCUCUCCAUUACUGAUCCAGGAACAGUAUGGCUGCAUCAAAGAAGUCAUGCCUAUUGCCUGUGGCAAUAAGGUGGACCCAGUGUAUGAAGCCUUGAGGUUUGGGACGUCGUUGGCACAGAAGGCCAAGAGGGCCAGCGGCUCUGAGUCUCCACACAGAAACUCGACCAGUGACUUGGAUAAAGUUCCAGAGGAAGUGGUGGCUCACAGCAGUAGGCAGGAGCUGUCGAGAAAACACAGUGAUGAUGUUUUCACAGUCAUUGAGAACGGGACAGAGCACUACCACCAGCCGGAGAGAAAACCUGACGAUUUGCCGUUGGACCAGAGCCAGCUAGAGAAAGACGUCCUCAAGCUCAACACCUAUGUGGCCUUGCACAGCUUCACUGCCCAAGAUAGCCAUGACCUAGAGAUGAGAGCUGGAGACAGAAUCUUAUUGGCGGAUGACUCCAAUGACGAUUGGUGGAAGGGGGUAAUUGAGGACAGGAUCGGUUUCUUCCCAGCAGCCUUUGCUCACCUGGUGCAGGCUGGGGACCAAGUGUUCAGGUGUAACAGGACAUUCAUUGGCUGUAAGGAACAAGGCCAAAUCACCCUGAAGGAGGGACAGAUCUGUGUGAGCAGCGAGGGCGAACGCAGCGGCUUCAUCAGAGUGGCAAGUGGAAAGAAGAGAGGCUUCGUGCCCUGUGACGUUCUGGAAAUCAUCUGAGUGAAAUAAAACACUCAGAGAAAUGAAGAGAGAGAGAGAUAAAGAGAGAGAGAGAGAGAGAGAGAGAGAGAGAGAGAGAGAGAGAGAGAGAGGUAAGAUCAGCCGUCUGGUGGUCAGUAAACUGAACCUACAAAAUGGCUACGAGACACCUGUGAGGGACAUCGCCUCAUCAGAAAUUUGGAGCUCUGAGUCUCUGUACCUUCCUCACUCCCUGUAAACACACAAGAGAUGCUGAGACGACAGAUUGUUUGUUGUUUGCAGGGAGACAGGAGAUCUGUUUCACUGGAUUUGAAUUAAUUUAUAGAGCCGAUGUGUGUGCGUUUUUACCCCUAUUAGUUUUAUUCUUUUACAAGCUUUUUAUGUUUUGAAAGUGGAGCUGCUGGGUGGCUGUUUAAGCCAAAGAAAAAUGAAACCCUUAAACACUUUAGUUUAGAUCCUCGUGCUUUUUACAUUAUGUUCCAAGAAAAAAAAGAGCUUUUAAUGCAAGUUAGUCAGCAAUAGAACCAACUCCCUGACAUGAGAAAGUGAUGAAAAUUGGACUUGAAUAAACCACGUAUACAUUCAAAUAAGAACUUUUACUUUCUUUGAACCCUCUAAUCAGAAGAACACUUUCUGUAUAGCCUCUAGCGUACAGUACAGACCGUGACAGAACUAAAACGCAGGUGAGAAACAGUGGAUGCAACAAAGAGAUGUGGGCGAGUAUUUUCAGAGGAUCAAUCAAAGACUUCAGAAACUCUCAGUGGUCCUUCUGAAAUAUCGCCCUCAUACUCCCUCGGUUUACUCAUCGCAAUCCAGGGUUUUACUUAAUGAUGACAGUAAUGCACAUUUGUAUCAUCACUUGAAUCAGAAACUCUAAAAAAAAUCUGUGUAUCACACAAAAGUUGUUGUUUACCAAAUUUAACAUUUUGCAUUGUCUCUAUGUUACAGAACCUAUAAGAUUUAUCUUUUAAAGCUUAAAAAAAUGUUUUGGUUGUUUUAUCAAAUGGUUUAAUUUUCUCUCUUUUCGUCAAAGAUUUCACAGCUUCAUUGCUAUUAAAUAGAAGUGAAUGAGAAGGUACAGCUACUAUAUGAUCAGGAUGUUAAUGAUUUAAUGAUCUGAGCUAAUGUGAACACAAUGGCGCCUGUAAGACAAUGAAACAUGUAAGACAAUGAUACAUUUCUGGUUAGCGUGUUAACUUUAAAUGUAAUCACUCUUGUGUGUCGUCUUUCUCGGCGCGGACUGUUUCGAACAGCACGUCUCGUUCAGAUUCUAGUCAAGUGCAAAGGUGUUGCAUAAUAGUAGAUAUAGUAUAUCUCUUACAGGUUGUUCUGCACUGAAACUUGGCUUUAAUGAAUGUCCAAGAAUUCUAUAUUGUACAUACUGUACAUACAAGAUUAAAAUUUCUUCUUUAUCACAACCAAAA